ACAAGAUGGAGGCAACAUUAUCAGCAGUCAGAAGGUGUUCUGCCAUUUUGAAGAAUGAAAUGAAGUUAAGUGUUGUUAUUGCAGUCGUGGUGUUGGCGAUAGUGAUAGACGAACGCAUGGCGAUCGGGUCGCCCGGGGGAUGGUGUACCAAGAUUACUGUGUACAAAGCACUCACUCACCGCACGCUGGUCGGUCAUGCCGUCAGAGGCCUGUCUGGGGUUUCGCUGGUCCGGUGCGCGGUCCUGUGCUCGUGCUUGAAGGAAAAAGACUCCCCAUGCUUGUCCUUCAAUUACGGCAAGACCAACAGAACCUGCGAGCUUAAUGAUGCCAGGGUGGAAGAGUUCCCCGAAAGUUUGGUGGCAGAGAGCGGUUUCUCCUACUACGGUGCGGAAACGGGGCAGGCAAACUCCAAGUGCCUGGGACUUGAUUCAAAACCAGCAUUAGACCCUGGAUGGCAAAUCGUGUUUAAAGGCGUAGCACGAGCAGGUGUAAAGUUGUAUGACAUGUGGACUGCCGUGUCGUGGGAGGCAAGCAUGAUGGAGGCCGGUAGGAACUUCCGAGAUGAAUUUUUGCACAAGGCCUGGAGGAGCGGAAACCUGACCGUGAGGCGGGUGAAGCUCUCUCUGUGCGAUUUCAAUGGGUCUAGAGUUGAGUUGAUUUUCAACGGAACCGGAUCAGACAUCCUCAACUGGUUCACCAAGGACCGUCUCCUCUCAAGUCCGUGGGAGGACCUGAGAUCCACUCUGGUCAACUUCUUCAGCAUCGAAGGGGACACUGUAACAGGCCGGCGGUUCUUCAUUAACAACUAUUAUGGGGGUUGUCUAGGGGACCGUGGCUGGUUGAUCGUGGUGGAUUCCAUGACAAGUGGAUGUAAUUGGGAGCGACCUCCGGCCUACCCUGUCAUAUUGUACAGCAAAGCAGCUGGUUAUGUAAGUUGGGAGGACGUGGUGACUGAAGGUGCCAAUACCGUUGGAUGUGCGGACUACUUGACUAUACACAUCGAUGCCGAGUAGGAAUUUCAAAGGUGAAUGGCGUUUACGAUGCGAAAACACGCAAUUGCUCUAAAUAUUUUGGCUGGUAAUGUUUAUGUUGGUGGAUUAGAAAAUGUCCCCGAAUGUCUCAUAGAACGUAAAAACAGCUUUCCAGAAAAAUGAUUUGAAAAUAGCUCGCACAAGAAAAUUUGAAAAAGCAUAAAAAUGUUUCAGUCAUCACUGACAAUCAUUACGAGACACCGUAUUGAAGUAUAGGGACGUCGUGUUAUAUUGCGCAUACAAAGUAAAGGAUCAAUGUUUGAAGACUCUUUAUGAAGUCAACUACAUUAAUUCUUUGCAAACAAACCAGGCUUAGGUUACAAAUGACAAAGUACAGUGAACAAAAUAUGCCAUGUUUGGGAAUGCCGAUUAAAGAUGGGGUAUGGGUAAAGCCAUGGUUAACUCAAACGACGCUCGUGUAUAAUGCCAAAUGUUAGGUUUGCAUUUAACUGUCAACGUUCUAAUUAUUAUAUUUUACUAUAUUAGCGACACUUCACCUCAGUGUAUAAGUUAUAAUUGUCGUAAGUGUGCUUUAAUGUCACUAGUAUAUAAAUACAGUAUUCGAUGAAAGUAAUUAAUUGCUCUUUUGAAACAUAUUACUGUUACGUGAAUUAAUUGCACAGACCAUCAUCAGUAAAGUAUUUUUAAUGGCACCAAAUUAAUAGCGAUUAAAAGUAGCUGCAGAUUAAUGAAGCCUUUAUUCAUGAAUUUGAACACCUUUUGUGUAGAUAUACCUUACUGGAAGAACAAAGCACUCACAGACCUCAUGAAGACUUAGUUUUCGUUAACAACAGUAUGUAUAGGUUUCGAAGAGUGUUUAUUCAGUUUACAAUGAGGCCUGUGACUCAUGAAAUUGGCCACACCAGAAGUUCUUAUGUUUAUUGGCGAAUUUGUUUUGGCCCGAUUUGGAUCCACUCCGGAUUGAGCCAUGAAGGUCAUCGGAGCGGAUCGCUUUGAGCUAAGGCUAUCGGAUUUGGAUCGGAUUCGGUUAUCUGCUUGCAGCUGUCUAUUGGAGAUUGAGCUUCCAAUCCGACGCACAGCUUCAGAUUUCACCGUAUGGGAAAAAUAGCCACCCAGUUUUGCGCUCUGCGACGCGACGGUCGUUCGACUACACGUGCCACGGUGUCGACUUUGCACGCGCAACCGCAAAGAAAUCCACCAUUAAAUAAAUGGUCACCGUACAAGGACCUGUUUUUCUACUUGUCUCCACGAAGAGACCACCGGUUGUUCAUCAACCGCGCAAUUAUCGUGACUGUCCAAAUGACACUGGCUGGCUUGCUGUGGUUGAGUCCAGGGUCGGCACUGACUGUGAAUGGGAGCGAUCUUUGGCCUACCGUAUCAUACUGUAGAGUACAUCAACUGCCAGAUAAUGUUGGCACGACGUGCUAACCACAGGUGAGCUUAAAUGAACCCAUGCAUGCCCGCUGAGUCUACUGAGACAUUAACCGUGUGCAAAUUACACGACUGGGGCUGCAAAUGACACGCGCACCCGUGGAAGCCGUCGGCUGACGACUUUAAGUAUUUUCCAUAAACUUGUGCAUAUCAUUUCCGGCCAUGGCUGAGAAAUUCGGUUCUAGCCUUUUCUGGGAUAUGGAAUUCUGACUGUCAGAAAUUUAGUUUCUUUUCCUUGGAAAUAUGUGGAUUUGCACUGUCCUGUGACUUAAGACAUGGCCCGUCACCGUUAAGAAGCCCGUGUUUCACAGAGUCCUACAUUUACUACACCGCGUGCGUUUCCAGUGAAACACAAAAGCGUCGGCGGCGAGGGCGGCAUUGGCGCUGUUUAUGGCAACUUUUUAGAAUUUAGGGAAAACCCAUUCCAGCCAGUCUUUACGGAAAUACACCAAUUAGGCCUCACACGGGUUAAUUUUAAGAUAAAUUCAGGGGAAGUGUUUUUGCCAACCAAAUUCUCAGUUCAAAUUCUGGAUACUAGAAAGGUUUAACAUAUUCUGUCAUUAUCGCUCAGUGUUGACGGAUAUCAGUACAGUCGGACGUGCAGAUUAUUUGACUAUACACAUCGAUGCCGAGUUAAGGUAUUCAUUCAUAUCAAAUGCGGACCAAACCAGUAUGGUUCUACAUUUUGGGGCCUAAUUAAGCUGUAGGAUUAGAAAAAUGUUUGAGAAUGUGUCGUGGAGCGUAGAAAAAGCUUUCCAAAAAAAAGGAAAAAAAACAUGCCAAAAUAGCCCCAACGAGGAAAACUGAAAAAGCUUCUCGGCCUUGACGAUAAUUACCGGAUAUGGCAACGACAGUACUCAGUGCGCUGUAUGGAAGCACAGGGACAUUGUUUGAAGAUUAAUCUUUGACGACACUUCAUGAAACCAGGAACAGCUAAUUGGCUUAGGUUUCGAAUGAUGAACUACGGUGGACGAAAUGUUCCAUACAUUCUAUUAAAGCGGUGAUAUCUCAUUACAAAAUAAUAGCACAACUGUUUUAAGUGUGUUUUCAUAAUAAAUACUCAUUAAAUAAUGAUAAAUUUCCCCUUCUGUACUAUAGCCUAUUUUGCAAUGAUGUGGUUAAGGGAGGAGUUGUGUUCUUUGUUUUAUUUGCGUAUUUUGUUCAGCAAAACAGGUAAUCUAAAAUAAAAAAAACUAAUAUUAGUCGGAAAUUGCUGAAAGCAAAAAUCGACGAAAAAAUGCGCCCAUUUGUUAAUUGGAAGUAGCUAAAAACUUUAUCAGAAACCAAAAAACUAUUUUCAAAAACUGAUUUGGCUUAAAGGAGCAACAAAUCUCAGGGCAAACUUUAAAGCCUUUCGGCAAAAGUGCAGGAAAACAAAUAAUCUGUGAAUAAUCCCUACGCAGUGUUGUUUUGAGGUAAAAAAAACCUAACCCCCCAAAAAAAUAAAACCAAAAACUUGAUUAACCCAACCCAGCCUAAACAACAAGCCCAACCCAAUCCAGCGCAACCAACCCAGCAAACGAAGGUUAAUGGAUCAUUGGCAUCCUAAUAAGUUUAAUUAAUCCGCCAAAUUUCCUUAUUUCAAUUCUGCAAUACUGUCCUGGCGCCAACGAAUUUUUAUUGCACUUAUAGUCAGACACAAACAUUCGAUUUCUGCAUCGUCAACACGACAUGGCAGCCCUUGUCGUAGUAUUCCAAACUUUACGCGGGCGUUCUAUUUCACCCCAUUUCAAGAAACAUAUGUUCCUGCAAACCUGAAAGUAUACACGUACUUAAUGCUCUUCCUCUUGCACCACACCAUAGCAUGAACAUCAUGUUCUACGUGAUUGAAGCUUUUAAACUGACAUUUACUUGGACGAUGCCGUCCUUGGGUUAGGUCGUGCCUUCAUAAUGUGAAUCCUUCUUACCCGUUGCACGCAUGAGCUUCACUCAUUAAAUCUCCAGCAUUAAUAUUAGCUUCGUUGCGAUCUUACUCUUCCAGAUUUGUUUGGUUGUUUGUUUGUGUUGGUUUACUUUCGUGCUUCAGUUCCAUUUGUGUUAAUGUUUUCCCGUGAUUUACCACCGACAGCCCAUGGUUAAGAGUUAAAUAAGAAGAAUGUUCUUAAUUUUAGGGGACGAAAAAAAACAGGGCAAUAGCUGGGAAUGGAGCCCAGCUUCGAGAGUGUUGUGAAUUUGCACAAUAUGCGUGCCA